GCGGUAUUGCGCAAGGAAAUGUGUAUGUUCGCGCUUGUUGGUCUUUAUUCUAUGCUGUGUGCACAUUCGUUUUCUAUUUCUGGAGUUCUGCCAACAGGUGCAACCGCUGCUCUUAUCGUUGUCGGCGAAUGUUCCUUGUUUCACGUUGAAAAAUUAUGGGUGAUGGAAAUGAUGAAAUGCAGUUCAGGGAACUGCUAGGCAAGCUGCAAGCGUUGUGGACUACUGAAAAGUUCUGCGAAAAACAAGAUGACUUAUGGCGUCUGCUCAAGCGGGAUGUUCCUCGAAGGUCCAGGUUCAGCUGCCAUACUAUCCAUGACUUGCUCGACAUUCUCACUGACCGGGAGGUGAUCACACCCCAAGAAACAGUGCUCUUAGAGCGGCUUGCUGCUGUAUUCUCAAUUCAGGAGGCUUCGGAGCACAUCCAAGCCUAUCGAAAAAUACCACUGGACAGGGACACCUGCAGCCUGUGUUCUGCACCUAGUCAUGUGCCCUUUCUGUACCGUCCAACUCCUCUGGAAAACACUGGUCAAAAGGAGUUGGUCUGUGCCAUCCUGUAUCUCUGUGAACAGAAGUGUCCAUGGAAAACAGUUGUUCGGGCAUUUCCAAAAACGAUAAAUGUCAAGGAGGGUGAGAUUGAGCGGCUGGAAUCCAUGAAAUGUGCCUCUAAGCCACAGUUAAAACGUUGCCUGACCUGUUCUGGAUUUGAAGUUCUGGAGUCCUGGAGGAAGAAACAUCCAAAACAUGCCACAGUGCAACUGUUGCUCAAGCACCUGGCCAGUGAACGGGUCAGUUCUAGCUAUGCUGAAGACAUUGAAAACGGCUUUCACAUGAGCAUGACUGUGAGCUCAAAGUGCCUGCUGCUUAAGUCAGGGUGCGAGAGACAGGCACAGCAUGGUGAAGCUGUCUUAGUACAAAUUGUCUGUGCACAGAUUCUUAAUCGGAACGCUCAUGAAAUCUCUUGAAGGUUGUCACAUAUGAUGAUGUACACCCGUGAGCCAAAGUAUAUGAACCAUAGGGUUGCCGAAAAAACUGAAUUUCUUCAUAAUUAACAAGCAUAAACUGGAAUGGACAAAUACACUGAAAAGUUCGCACUGCAAAGUUAGGACUACAGUCCUCAAUUUCAAGUUGCGUUCACAGGCAGAGGAAAAAAUCGGCUUUAUCGCGCAACCCCUGGUCCGUGUACUUUUGCUUACAGGUGUACGUAUUUUGAAGGCCCCAUUUUGAAAUUGGAUGAAGCAGCAUUGGCGUAGGUAGCAUGUGUGUGUGUAUAUAUAUAUAUAUAUAUAUAUAUAUUGGCAUUGAUCUAAUCUUAUUGGGCAGUCAGAAGUACACGAAGAAUGCAGCACGGUGGUAGAUUUUUAAACUGACUGAAGGAUGCACCGUGUUGUAGUUUCCAAUGCCCUUGUUGUCCGCAGAAGUGUUGUGCUUGCUGUGUGCUGAGGUUUGUGGGGUUCUCACUUUCUCUAUUUUAGAAAUUGCAUGGGCUUUCCUCAUGAGCCUUGGCAGUGGAACAGCUUAAAGUUGAGGGGCUCCAUUGUGUGGAAUUGAUAUAGCACGUGGCUGCAUAACAUGCUAGCAUCAUGUUCGUGGUGCCAAGUACGAACCCCCUUCUAUGUAUACGAGCAUUUUUUGGGCCAUCAAUUCCAAUAUUCCUAAGCUGCUUUGUACCCUACCUGACUUGGGGUGAUCAAGGGUGGGUGAACAAGGGAAACCCCAAGCACUGUAUUGACAAGGGGACUUGUCUUAGUCAUGGCCAGAUUUACAUCAAGUGUUUACCUCUGCUCACUUGGCAUCAUAUUCUUGAUGGGAUUAGGGGAAUGCUUUCUGGCCCUUGUUGUGGCAUGGGUCUGCAGCCGCUGGGGGUCAUGUGGUACUAGCCGACCUUCGGUGCAUGUCAGAGAGCUAGGGGCGGACCAUGGAGUCCGAUCUUGUGUUGAUUUCACAUGAUGCAACACCCAGUGCAAUAACUCACUGUAGCAGUGGCCAUUUGUUCAGGACACAUUGUUGCUCUGUAGGCAUUUGGUCAACAUUAUGUCAGUACAUAGUGUCGGUUUGCAGAUGACAUGUCCUAUUCAGCAAUAGUGGGGACGAAUUACAACAAAUGAUUGAGAACCUUAACCGAGAAAGUAAGAGUGAGGUUGAAGAUUAAUAUGCAGAAGACAAAGAUAAUGUUCAAUAGCCUGGCAAGGGAACAAGAAUUCAGGAUCGCCAGUCAGCCUCUAGAGUCUGUAAAGGAGUAUGUUUAUCAUGUUUAUUGCGAAAUCCUGACUGGGAGCUUACCACUGGCAUUAAAAAGAAAAGUACAAUCAUUGCAUUCUACCGGUGCUAAUAUAUGGGGCAGAAACUUGUGAGGUUAACAAAGCAGCUCGAGAACAAGGACUGCUCAAAGAGCGAUGUAACAAAAAUGUUAGGCCUAACGUUAAGAAACAGGAAGAGAGCGGUGUGGAUCAGAGAGCAAACGGGGAUAGCCAAUAUCCUAAUUGACAUUAAGAGAACAAAUUUGCAUAGCUUGCACUGGAGGCGCAAUGCUAAAAAGACAGCGGAGCUGAUGGGCACCUAGCUAGUCCUGGCUUUUGGGCUAGGCUAAGCACUACCAAGUCAUCUACAGCAUUUUCCGGAAUAUAUUGAUUAUUCAUCGAUUAUCAAUUAGCUAUCGAUUGGCUAUUGCAAGGUAUUGGCUGUGUACUUGGGCUAGGCUAAGCACUACCAAGUCAUCCCCAGCAUUUUUCAGAAUUUAUUAAUUAUUGAUCGAUUAGCUAUUCAUUGGCUAUCAAUUGGCUAUCGAUGACUAAGCUUUAGUCCCAACCAUGCUUAGCUAGACUUAGCCAGGCUCAGCUUCGCUAGUUCACAGUGGUAUGUGCGAUUUCGCUUGGACCCUUUCUGCACUACUACCAGGAUCGGCCCACAUAUUUUGUGGACGACUAACGGCCGGCUUAAACAGCUCCGCUGUUAAAAAAUGGAGCUGGGCAGGCCAUGGGUAAUUCGUAGGAUGAAUAAUCUGUGGACAAUUAGAGUUUCAGAAUGGAUACAGGGGUGGGGCUCCUGCGCCAUUUUGAUACAAACGCAGAUUCCUGCGCCAAACACAGAAAAUUGACCGAAAUUGCGCCCCGCUGCACCAGAACGGCUUCGGCUUGUGUGCUCCGGCAGUGACCGCGGACAGCGAGCGGAUUCGUUCUCCGAAAAAGAGUGCGGCCAAUCACAUUCCGCAGACCAUGCGACGGCGCCUUGCGCACAGUUUCUCGUGAUUUUCGCGCUUAUAUAACAUUGGACUUUUUGGCGCUUCCGGCAAGUGGCCAGCGCACGCACGGCCGCUCUAGGCUGUUGUCACUGCUGUCGGAACGGCCAGGGCGGCUGUACUUAGAGUGUACUAGAAUACGGUAGAUUGGGCCGAGCGGCACGGCACUCUCUAGCUGAGGUGCAAAACAACAAAAAGUAGGCUGAGAGCACUGCAAGCGAACUACAUAUUAUAGGGAGGCGCAUGCUGCAGUGGGAUCAGCGCGCGGGCGUCUCGAUUCACAGGGCCAGUAUACCGCAGAAAUAUUCCAAUCUGUUUUUAUGCCCAUAUGGGCGAGGCCUGAUCCAUUUUGACACAUCACGAAGGGAUUUGGAAUAAAAAGGCGAAGCAUCCAUUGCGAUAGGACAUUAGGAGACAGCUAUAUGAAGUAAGGAUAGUAGUUUUAUCCGCCGUAUGAACUUGUAAACAUUGGCUUACUAAAUUAACAAGCAUGGUGUCACGCGCGCACGAGCAAACUUCAACACAUCUCACUCAAUGACCACGGAAACUCGCUGUCUAAACGCUGGAGUGAGGAAACGUGGCAGCAGUAGCGGGCGAAUUGACCUUAGUGCUGCCUCUUGCUUCAGUGUGAACUAAGCGGCGAAAACACAGCGCGCACGAAGCUAUGAGAACUCGCACUCUGUCCCCAUCGCAGACCGCUUUCAAGAUAGGGCCCGUGCGGCCGCGCCAUACGCAGUAGCCGCUGCAGAAUGCCCCCCUCCCUCCCUCCAUUCCCCACACGGUGCCUUGCGCGGGACCUCUUUCCUCCCUUGCACACGCGAGAUUGAACCACCAUCGUCGGCUCACCCUCGCACGAUUUCACUCGCACAUACAGCAUACGGCACGCGGUGACAAUGUUAUCGUCCCUGGACUUUAUACAGAACAUAACAGCGACGACGACGGCAGAGAUGCAUCUGGAGUGUCCAUGAUUGCUAUCGCAAUGAAGACAGAUUAGAAUCGUUUUACGUUAUACCAGCCCAGGGUUGAUUGCGGCUCUCUGGGUCUGUGGUGACAUAUUGUGACCCAGAAAUUAUGUUAGCGCAUUGAUUGGACGCAUAAUUUGAGAACGUUUUCUGCUAUCAUCAUGAGCGUCGGCGCGAGAAUAUAUAGUUCGAUUGUAGUUCCACUGAUGUUUUCGGCUUUACAGGAAAACAUGCACCGUGCCUCUGCUCGACCCACUCUUCCAUAUUCUAGUAUGCUAUAGCUACAAAGCGUGCUUCUAGGACGCGCUUUGUGUUGGUUUAUUCUCUGUUUCAUCGUGGUUUCGAAGUGCGCUGCCAUAUUUCAUUAUUCCACCAAAAUUCAGAUUGGCCUGCUCUAAACUUCUCCACAAUGAAAUUUACUCUGCUCCAAGCUGCUCCAAAAUGACUUUGGACAGUCCCAUCCCUGUGGAAUACCAAGAGAAGGCAAGCACAGUCGAGGACGACAAAACUAGGUGGGGUGAUGACGUUAGGAAAUUUGCAGGCGCAAGAUAGGGGUAAUUGAGAUCACAGGGAGCGGCCUUCGUCCUGCAGUGGACAUAAAUUUAGGCUGAUGAUGAUGAUGUCAGUACACUCAACAGCUACACAAUAUGAAAAUAACCUGUCGCAGUGGCUAUAGUGUUCUGCUGCUAGGCAGCACAAGGCCAUGGGUUUGAUUCCCAACUGCAGUGGCCAUGUUUCAAUGGGUGUGGACUGCAGAAAAAAAGCUUGUGUGUUGGGUUUAUCAUCCAAGAACCUCGAGGUGGUCUAAAUUAAGGUGGAGUCUCCACCCCCUAGUAUCUUUCAUAGCAGCGCAGGUGUUGCCUUGGGACGUUAAACUUAAUCAGUUGAUCACUGAGUCAGCAUGAAAAUGAAGCUGACGGGAAUUAUGUCCUACAUGCUGGUUUCUUUUGUUGUCUCGCUUCGGCUGGUUGAGUCAGGCUACACAGACAAACGGUAAUGUCCCCAAAAGUAAUCGGUUGAAUAUGCACUCCAUUGUGUCUGAUCAGUAAAGGCCAUUUUGUGCUGCAGGUGUUUGGCACAUCUUCUAUUCUGCCCUGGUUGAUCCAUGUCUAAACUUCAGGAGUGUGCUGAAUUGGGCUGGUUGGUUCAUGACGAAGGGGGCAAAAACAGCGCGAAGGACAGGACAAGCGGAGACGACGUACAGAGCACUGACUGACAACCACUCUUUAUGGCAUUUUCAGUUGCAAUACAGUAUAGACCACUUAUAAUGUAACCGCUUAUAGUGCAGGACCGGAUAUAGUGCGGUCUUUUCAGACUCUCGUUAAUUUUCCCAUAGCACUCCAUGUAUACACGUAUCGCUUAUAGUGCAGUUGCGGGAAACGAAAUACUGGUUACAGUGCGGCUGCCUGGGAGUACGGAAGUCAGCGGGGACGGCCAACGCUCCCCUCAAACGGGCGCCCUACGGAGUGCUCGAGGAAGAAAGAGAGACGAAGUGGAGGAGAAGGGCACGUGGUGCUAAUGAACAGCCAGUGAGGCUGAAACCAGAAUCUUGAGUGCAAGUCGUGACAUAUCACGCAUAGUGAGCGACGGCCACGAAACUGCCAACGCCGGCCAACGCUUGCUUCCCGAUAACGGCAGUAAACGAAACUUCAGGGAGCGGGCGGCGCCGGCACGGCAUGGCGAAGGGCGCACGCGGAAACCGUGGAAUGUGAGGGAGGAGGGCGGCAGGAAAGCGGAUUUCGCUUCGGUGGCUCCCCUCACCCUCUCUCGUAGCUCCCUCACUUUCGUCUGUCACCGUGCGCACCCACCGCCGCUCCAGCCGGCCCAGCGCCAGCUCAAUCCCCGAAGUUUCGUUUUCUGCCGUUAUCGGGAAGCAGGCGUUUGCCGGCCUGGGACAGCACCACUGCUUUCCUCUGCGCCAUAGCCGCAGCGUGCAAGGUCAAUACGUGACUAGAAAGUAGAGGAAACAUAAAGGAGAAAGAAGGGUUUCUACACGUGGCUACGGUAGCGUGGCUGAGACGUUGGCACGUACACGCAUGUUCCAGCGCAACGCAAAAUCGGCGACCUUGCCAUUUGAGAGGGGGUGAAAUUUCCGCCACGUUUUUUUUUUUUUUUUUCUUUCCUUUUUUUAUGUUUGCGCGCGACAUUGAGGGGUCUCUCCUAAGCUUUUGCUCUAUGGCGGUGCCGGAGCAAUGCCGGUCGGAGGCGCCGCCGUGUGAUUCGGUUCGAAUUAACGAAAUUCGACUGUAAAUUGAAUGCACGCGUUCUAGUCGCCUUCCUCGACUUUCGCAUACGCAUGGCGGCUCGGUGCACAUGUUUUGCAUAUGUGCGGGCUUCGAAAAUUGUUGCUUUGGUUAUAGUGCGGUACCGCUUUUAGUGCGGAUAUUCGCGACUCCGGCGACUUACGUUAUGAGCGGUCUACACUGUAUAUAAGAAUCCUUACGCACAAAGCGGUACAAAAAUGUAUAUUACGUGCCACUAUUGUCUGCAGUUUAUCAUACAUUUGAUAAGUAGUGCAUUUCGCUGCAAUGUAAGGAUAUAGUGGGCACACUUACACAUGAAUCACCAUGUUUUAGGAAACCUUCACGUAUUUAACAAGCACGUUGUUCUGGGUAGCGUCCCAAGAGCAUACAUUUUUCAAUAUGAGGUGUGCAGCCACAGUUUCUGCAGUGAUCUGCCAGAUGACUUGCGACUGUGCCUGAGCAAGUAUGCGUGUUCUCGUAAACGAUCAUUAAUACAUCAGCCAGUUAGCCCUAUGCGGGCGUUCUACCAUGGAAAUGGUAUCUUAUAUACGACUUUACAUGUGCGGUUAUAAAAGAUUGUGCAUGUUUCUUAUCACAUUUGCACUUUUUUGAACCUUCUUUGUUCACUCUGUGGCAAAGAGCGAAAAGUUUAGUGCGUGCAGUGAAUACAACUUUUAUUCCAAUUUUUCUUGCAAUUUUUUAUCAUCCUCUGGCAAACGUCGUGCACAUAGGAAUCACAGCCAAACUAGAAUAUACAUUGUUUGAAUCAUUCUUGUCCCCACUUUUUGCUGUCUCAUAGUGGCUUAAAACUGUUCUGCUGUGGAGGUCAAGAAGUGUGUUGGAUAGCCAGCAUGUUGUAGCCGCUGCACUUGGUGUACAAAGCUACUUGUCAUUUGAUGAUGACAAGACCGGUUUAGUGCUGUGUUGAGACAGGAUGGAACGAUGCUUUGUUUAACAAGUUUUGAAUGGGCAGAUGAAUAAAGUAAAAGACUUCUGCAUGAGUGGGGUCAAUAAUGCCAGCACACGUGGUCUAACCUAAAGUUCAAUUCCAUGUCCAAGAGCUGCAACUUAUUGUCAGAUGGUAGCUCAGAUGUCAGUACUAAACGCUUCAUCUUGGAACGAAGUACGUUAAAACUCGCUACAGAUGACUGUUGGUCAUUUUGGUUAGUCCAGUGAGAAACUAGGAAGUCAUCAACAAAGCGGAACACUUUAACUGCACUUGUCUUCUGGAGGCUAGCCAUAAGGCACCUGCCAUAUCGCACUAAUAAAUGAUCACCAAGUACCGGUGCUAGGAGUGAUCCAAUUCAAACGGGAUCCAAUGGUAUCCAAAAGUAUCCUUAUGGCUGAUAAAAGUAGAGUGAAGGUAAAAACUAAACAAUUCUAAAAACCUGUCUACAUGAAUGGGUCAUAUGUUUUGAAAUUUUGUGCACCUGAAUCGCUCUAUGCAAUUGCUAACUUCAUCACUUACAGACUCAUGGGGCAAAGAAUAAUAUAGGUCCUUAACAUCUACUGAGAAGGCGCUCACUCGAUCACGGCACUCAGUCCAGAGGUACUCCGCGAUGGUUGCUGGGCUUCUGAUUAAACACGGAUCAUCGAUGUGCAGGACAGUGAGCAUCUUCUAUAAGUAGGAACCAACCAGGCAUUGCCAGGUGCCUCACUCAGAGACAAUUUGUCUGAAAGGGUAGCCUUCUUUCUGGGUUUUUGCAGAGAACACUACAGACAGGCUCAAUCCUUUUUCUGCCUUGACAGGCGUGGCGACGGCAGACAGCCCUGCUUCGUCGCACAGCGUGGCAGCUUUUGACUUGACUUUUGCUGGGCUGACGUCAGAGAGCUCCUUGAAGUUGUCGGAAAUGGCUAGCUCAGCUUUGUCGUAGACAUGCCUUGAGACGAUCACGAAGGCGCCUUCUUUGUCUGCCUGAAGGACCUUUAUGUUGGCUUUUCAUAGCAAGGCGGCAACAGAGUUCACACGAUUAGGACUUGCCUUGACGUCUUGGGGCAGGCAUUCAACGCCUUCUUGCAGCACUUGACAAACUGCAUCUUCUUUCGCUUGUCCGACGGUAUUUCUGACAAGGCUGAGCAACUCAGCCUUGUCAAGCCUUGGAUGCUCGCAGAAUUUUGGUUCUUUUCGUGACACUUUUUGAGCAUCGGCCGGGAUUGAGACAUCUUCAAGGAUGACAGCUUCUUGUCCAGGUGCAGUUUUCUGGUGACUCUUCUUUGGCAGCCGAGGCAGAAGUUGUUGCCAUAAGAGCUCAGCAGAUUGAUGCACAAGUCAUGCGUCCUUUUGAAAGAACUUCUCGCUACUACCUCUCGGCGCUUGUUCGAGAUUUGCAUCAUGCUGGCAUUCUGUGUAGAAUCUCACUUGUGAUCCAUGUGUAAGCGUGCCCUCGACAUCCUUGCAUUGCAGCGAAAUGCACUACUUAUCAAAUGUAUGAUAAACUGCAGGCAACAGUGGCAUGCCAUAUAUACAUUUCUGUACCUUUCUGCACAUAGGGAUUCCUAUAUAUUGCAACUGGAAAUGCAAUAAGGAGUGGUUCUCAGUCA